AUGCGGCAAGGAGAGAAAUAUCACUGGGCCGAGCCGGAUGCUGGCCCCCUGCGCCUGAUUGCCAGCCGCUUCCAUCUGCGACGCAACAGCACAGCCACGGCCAAAGGUUCCCCUUGUGAUUGGAUUGCCUCGGCCCAGGAUCUCAUUAUGAGCUCCACCGAAUUUGCAAAGCUGAGCCCAGCUGGGAAGUUUGCUCACUCACUAAACUUGGCUCCAGACCUCGAGAUAACGGCAGAAGGCUAUCUUUGGAGCCCUGCGGGCAUGGCCAAACAGGGCAAAGUGCAGAUAUGA